AUGGAGAAUAUGAAAACAGGCUUUAGAGGAACAGGAUUAGUCCCUUUUAAUCCCGAUGCUAUACUCUCUAGAAUGGAUAUUCGAAUCCAUACACCUACUCCUCCUUCGCUUCCUCCGAGUCAUAUACCCGAUUGGGUCUCACAAACACCUCACAAUACCACCAAAGCUCUUUCACAAGCAUUUUUAGUACGAUCUAUUAUUGUUCAGCAUCAUUCUAGUUUUCCUACACCUAUAUUUAAGGCUACAGAUCCUUUAAUUAAGGCUUUUGAGAAUCAUGAUCUUCGAUUGACAAAUAUGGGAUUAAGUAAAUGUCGACAUGCUAAAAAGAUUCAAUUACGUUUAGAAGGAGCUCUCACUAUUCAAGAGGCUAAUGAUAUUAUAUCACAAAAAGAGAUGGAUAUUCAGAUUAAACGCGAUAGACAACAAAAUAGGCGGAAUUCUAAUAGAGAGGCAUCGACUAAUCGAUGCUGUAGUAAAUGUGGAAUAACAGGUCAUAAUGCAAGAAUAUGUUCUAAUGAUAAUAUAGAUCCUAAAUUAUUAGAUAGUGCUUAG